UGGCGGCUCUCGAGUGUUGGCCAGCUGGCGCGCGCGAGCCCCCGCCGAGUGUGCGUCGUGUGCGGCUGACCUGUGCCCUGACCCGACGCGAGCCGGCAGCAUGCCUGAGGCUGGACACACCAAUGUGGAUCCGCCGCCGCCGGCGGGAGGCAGCGGCAUCCGCUUUAAUGCCGAGCACUUUAAGACGACGCCCGGCAUCAUCAAGAUCGUCGAAGUGGCCAUUGGCAUCCUCUGCCUGAUUUUGGCCAGUCCGUCCUACUUCAGCGGCACAGGCUUCUUCCUAUUCGCCGUCGUCAUCAGCUUUCUCUCCACCAUGGUUUGGAUCUUCAUCUACCUGUUCUCCAUACGGGAGGCGCUGCCGCAGAUCCCCAUCCAGUGGGUGCUGACGGAGCUGAUUAACACGUCAAUCUUGACUAUUCUGUACGCUGUCGGGGUGAUUACACAGCUGACUGCCUGGGCCACCAAAGGAAGGAUUUUCACCACUUUUGGCGCCAAUAUUGCUGCUGGCGUGUUCGGCCUGUUCAACACGCUGGUGUACGCGGCGGGCGCGUACCUCCUGUUCCUCGAGUACCGGCAGUCGUAACCGGCGAAAGGCGACGUGGUGACGCGCACCGGCGACCGUUGCCGUCUUCGCUGGACGCUCGCUCGGCCUGACGGCUGGUGCUCGUGUCCGGCCGACCGGCGGCGUCGCAGUCCCAUGCGGCGGCGAGCGCGGGCCUACGCGGCGACGCUCGCGGCCCUUCGGAGACGUCCGCCUGCCCUAUCGCCUCGCCGGAGCACGCCGAGCCGCCGCCACGGUCUGCGCCGACGUCCGGGUGUCCAGCGGAGCGCCGGGAGUGCCGAAGUGUCCGCAGUGUCGGGAGUGCCAGGGGCCGGCGGAGGCGGCUGGUGAGCUGCGCCGUGUGGGCAGAGGUGUGGCCAGCGCCAGCCAGCGUCGGCGUGGGCGCGCAGGCCUGGCUGCAGGCGCCGGUCGGAGCUGGUGCCAGCCCGUGGCUCGCGCCGCUGCGGAGCCGAUGUCAGCCCGUGGCUCGCGCCGCUGCGGAGCCGAUGUCAGCCCGUGGCUCGCGCCGCUGCGGAGCCGUUGCCAGCCCGUGGCUCGCGCUGCUGCGGAGCCGUUGCCAGCCCGUGGCUUGCGCUGCUGCGGAGCCGGCCGGCCGUCACUGGGCGCAGCGUCCGGAGGCUCGUGUGGACGGGCUGCGCGCCGCUCGGCUGACUGGCGGCGUGGGUGUGUACAGACUGCGGUUAACAUGAUAGUGGAUUCAGAGUUCAAAAGGCAUGUGCUUAGAAGCUUGGCUUUGGGUGGUUGAGUGAGAGCUAUUUGAUUUCGCUGUGAUGAAAUUGGAGGCGUUAAUGUGGAAAAGGUCUGAGAGAUAUGGGUUAACAUGUUAACAUCACGCAUCCAUGGUUUCACUGCCACAUGUUGUUUAGUGAUCGUCUCUUUCUUUUGGUGUUUAUCUGAAUUAACACUUGAAGUAAUGGAGAGUGUGAACUCUUGUCAGUAGCAUAGUUUUUUGUUCACAAAGGCGUACAUUGGUAGCUUUUGUAGCCAUACAUAAUUUGCUAACGUAUCGUUUGGAUGGGUGUUCCAGGGGGUCAUUAACACACUCUUGUUUUCUUCGUUGUAACAGUGUUACUUUGUUUGAGGCCAAAGAGUUAAUUUGUGUCCUAACCGCCAUAUUCUCCCGUUUAGGAUUCGUCGCGCUAAGGUGAUUCUUUAUGCUGGUUUAAAAGGGCCCGCAACAGUUGAUUAAACCACUACUUGCUUAAAUCCAUAACUUAAGAUCAUGCCAACCAUAGCGUUGUUCUGGGAGUGGUGACAAGCUACGGCGUCGGAAGGUGAAUACUUGGGUAGCUCUUCGAUUUAGUUGUCAUACAUUAUGAACAUGUGUUGUACGUCUGUUUUUUCACGCGAUAGCUUGAUGUCAAACUCGGUCCCUCGACCUAAGUAUCGCAACCUUGUGAUUAAUCACUUAUUCUGAGGUAGGCGUUACACUUCUAACGACUAUGUUGCACUGCGUAAAAACGAGCAAAUAAAACACAACGUAAACGAG